UACCUCCACAUAAUGCGCCGAAUACCAAAGCUUCUAAAGCCCUACACAACCCUUCAACUUCCCCAAACCCAACAACAACCCCUCACAACGCACCAACUCAAAUCCCUCGUCCUCUCCCACUACUCCCAUGGCAAGUUCAAUAACAUCCUCCAAAACGUCGUCGCGUUACCCGCUGUACUCCUCACCGCCUGCCACAACCUUUCCGCCUCCGCUCGACUGCCCGGUUCGCGCCCUCUCCUGGACUCGGUCUCGGCCCAGUUCAGCCUCGAGUCAAUGUGCCGAGAGAUCCGGGAGAACCGGUUCGACGUGGCGGGCUCCUGCGUCGUUCUAACCGGAAACGGUUCGCCAUUAGGACCGUUGGUUCUCCCCAAUUUGAAGCUGAAUGUGUUGGUUGAGGCUGUUAGGAUGGUUCUUGAAGCAGUGUACGAUGAACGGUUUGUGACGUUUUGCUACGGUGGACGCGUCGGAAUGGGAAGGCACACUGCUGUGAGGUAUUUGAAAAACUCAGUUGAGAAUCCUUCUUGGUGGUUUAGGGUUAGGUUUAACCGUCAUAGAUUUGGGAAUGAACAUGUGGAGAGGCUGUGUUCUGUUAUUCAGCGGAAAUUGAACGAUGUCGUUUUAAUUGGAUUGAUAAAGAGGUUGUUUGAGUGUGAGGUUUUGGUGAUUGAGCUUGGUGGGAAUUGGAUUGGGAGAGGGUUCCCUCAGGAAUGUGGAUUGUGUUCUGUUUUGAUGAAUGUGUACUUUGAUGAGUUUGACAGAGAGAUUCAAGAGAUACGGCUCAGGGAGAAUCGAGAGAGUCGCGAAAUGGAGCCAAAGCUGGUUUGUUCUAGCGAUGGUGGCGUGUAUUACAAGCCUGUGAAGGUUUAUGCUGUGAGGUAUUUGGAUGAGAUACUUCUUGUGACUUCUGGGAAGAGGAUGAUGGCAAUGGAGCUGAAGAAUAGUUUGUUGAGGAGUUUGGAAGUUGAUUUGUGUUUGGAUGUUGAUAAAGUGAACACGGCGAUACAUAGCGCAACGGAGGAGAAGAUUGAGUUUGUUGGGAUGGAGCUGCAGGCUGUUCCGCCGUCGGUGUUGCGCCCGCCUAUGAUGGAGAAAGCAAUUAGGGCGAGGAAAAAGUACCUUAGGCAGAAGGAAGUUAGAGCCAUGGAAUUGAGAAAUGCCAGACAAAGGAACAGAAGGAUAUUGGGGUUGAAGAUAUUUAAACAUGUUUAUAAGAAGACAAAGCAAAGUGAUGGGUUCAAAUUUGACUUCAGCAUUGAAAAUGAGGUCCGAGAAAUUUUUAAAUCUUGGGCUGAUGAAGUGGUGCAAGAGUUUCUGGAGAACAUAGAUGAGUGUCAAGAAUGGCAUCGAAGGUUAUCGGGUGGUGAUUUCCUUUCUUUAGCACACAUUAGGAAUCAGUUACCGCCUGAGCUUAUUGAUGCUUAUGAUAAUUUCCAAGAGCAGGUGGAUAAAUAUUUAAAUCCGGUAAAAGCUAGGAAGGCAAUAGAGGAGGAAGCGGAAAGAAUAAGGGAAGAAGAGGAAGAAAGAUAUGCAAAGGGAACACUUGAAGAUUUGACUAGGCUUUGUAUGAAAGUUGAGGCGCCAAUAAUACUCAUAAGAAAGGCUGUGAAGUUGGUUGGUUUUACUAAUCAUAUGGGUCGUCCGAGGCCGAUUGAAUUCCUGUUUGCACUCGAGGAUACAGAUAUUAUCAAGUGGUAUGCUGGCAUUGCUAGAAGGUGGUUGGAUUUCUAUUGUUGUUGCCACAACUUCAAGGCAGUCAAAACUAUUGUGAGUUAUCAUUUGAGGUUCUCUUGUAUCUUGACAUUAGCAGAGAAGCACGAAUCGACUAAGCACGAAGCCAUAAAGAAUUUCAGCAAAGAUUUAAGAGUCUAUGACUUGGAUGGAAAUGAUGAAGUGCAUUUUCCAACCGAAAAAGAGGUUAAAAUGAUGGGAGACAGAAAUCUCUCCGAUCCAAAGCCUGUAGAUGGGGCUUUAACUUUGGCUGUAAUAAGAUUGGCAUCGGAUGAGCCUCCGACGCCUUGUAUUGCCCACUUUUGUGACAACACAACUACAGUCUUCUAUAGGGUUCGGUUGCUGCAAAAAUGUUUGAAUAUAAAUCCACUAGAUAAAGAGAAAUGGGUGCAAGGGAUGGGUACAAUUCAUGAAAGCCUAGACCAAAAGUGUCUUCCACUAUGUGCUGAUCAUAUACACGAUUUGUACAUGGGGAGAAUUAAUCUUCAAGACAUUGACUGUGCCUCGUUUGCAGAUGUGGAUUGAUUGAUGCUCGUCUCAUUUUUACCUUGAUUGGCAUUGCAAUCAAUGAAAUGAGCACUUUAUACUUUUCUA